GCUGUCAUGGCGGCGUCCAGGGCUUGGGGGGUCUCGGCCUUCCUCUCGCUUCUCUUCCUCCUCCUCCCGGCGGGCGCCGUCUACGAGGACCAAGUGGGCAAGUUUGACUGGAGGCAACAGUAUGUGGGGAAACUGAAGUUUGCUUCCUUGGAUGCCUCCCAAGGCUCCAAGAAGCUUAUUGUGGCCACAGAGAAGAACGUGAUGGCAGCUUUGAAUUCCAGGACAGGAGAAAUCUUGUGGCGCCAUGUGGACAAGGGGACACUGGAAGGGGUAGUAGACACCAUGCUGAUCCAUGGGCAAGAUGCCAUCACUGUUUCCAAUGGGGGUCGCAUACUGCGCUCCUGGGAGACCAACAUUGGAGGCUUGAAUUGGGAGAUAUCCAUGGACACGGGCAGUUUUCAGAUGGCUAGUUUGGUGGGACUGCAGGACUCUGUGAAAUACGUGGCAGUCUUGAAGAAAGGUGCGCUGUCCCUUCACUACCUCUCCAACGGCCAUCAAAAAUGGGUGGAGCAUUUACCUGACAGUGAAACUGUCCAGUAUCAGCUGGUGUAUUCUUACGGAACAGGUGUGGUGUACGUCCUUGGGGUCUCUCCUCAAAGCCACGUGAACGUCCUUGCCUUCAGUAUUGAAGAUGGCGAAAUUUCAAAUCAGAGUAGGGCGGAAGCCCCCUGGAUAAGAAGCCUCAGCCAGUCUUGCACUGUCACGGGAGAGGCUGUGCUUGUGUGUGUGGAUGUGGCCAUGACCUCCCUGUACAUCUUGUCCCUGGACUCCAAGGAAGAGAUGAAGGCAGUCCCACUGGAGUCCCUUGGGCUUAAGUUCACAGACACUUUCCAGCCCCGCCUCUGGUCCUCUCAGCCGAAUCCUGCCAGCGCUUCCCGAGCUCAGUUCUUCCUGCAGCUGUCCCCGGCCCACUUUGUUCUGCUGCAGCAUCGGAACAGCUUGCUGAGCCUUCUCCGGGAUUUCCCGCAGGGAGGCCUUGUGACCUUUGCAACGACGAACGAGAAGACGGUGGCCGCGGUCCUGACUUGCAAGGCGGAAGUGGAAUUCCUGUCUUGCCACAACCAGUCGUAUGUCGUUAACUUAUACCUGGCAGAAACUGGGCAAAGGCUGUUGGAUACAACCAUCUCCUUCACCUUGGAGAAAAGCAGCCCUAGGCCUGAGCAGCUCUACAUUCAGGUCUUUUUGAAGAAGGAUGAUUCUGUGGGUUACCGGGCUCUGGUGCAGACAGCUGAUCACAUGCUCUUAUUCCUCCAGCAACCAGGAAAAGUUCUGUGGAGCAGGGAAGAGUCUCUGGCAGAAGUGGUCAGUCUGCAGAUGGUGGAUCUCCCCCUGACGGGGGCGCAGGCUGAACUGGAGGGCGAAUUUGGAAAGAAAGCAGACGGCUUGCUGGGCAUGUUUCUAAAGCGCUUGUCCUCCCAGCUCAUCUUGCUGCACGCCUGGACCGCUCACCUCUGGAAGAUGUUCUACGAUGCCCGCAAGCCCCGGAGUCUCAUCAAGAAUGAGAUCAACAUUGACAACCUGGCCAGGGACGAGUUUAACUUGCAGAAGAUGAUUGUGGUGGUCACGGCCUCCGGAAAGCUCUUUGGCAUUGAAAGCAGCUCCGGCACGAUCCUGUGGAAGCAGUACCUCCAGGACGUGAAGCCAGGAUCCUCCUUCAAGCUGAUGGUCCAGAGGACGACGGCUCACUUCCCCCACCCCCCGCAGUGCACCCUUCUGGUCAAGGACAAGGAGACCGGCUGGAGCUCCCUGUACGUCUUCAACCCCAUCUUCGGGCGGUGGAGUCAGGUGGCCCCCCCGGUGCUCAGGCGCCCGAUCCUCCAGUCACUGCUUCUGCCCCUCAUGGACCAAGAUUACGCCAAAGUGCUUCUCCUGAUCGACGACGAGAACAAGGUGACUGUUUUCCCGGCGACGAGAAACGUCCUUCGGCAGCUGGAGGAAAUGGCCCCCUCUGUCUCAUUCUACUUGGCAGACGCUGAGCAGGGCAAGUUGUCCGGGAGGCGGCUGCGCAAGGACUUGACGACAGAACAGAGCUGGGAGAUCACCAUCCCUACGGACGUCCAGCGGAUUGUGACUGUGAAGGGGAAGAGAGCCAAUGAACAUGUCCACUCGCAGGGCCGCGUGAUGGGGGAUCGCAGCGUGCUUUACAAGUCUCUGAACCCGAACCUGCUGGCGGUGGUGACGGAGAGCACAGACAGCCACCACGAGCGCACGUUCAUCGGGAUCUACUUGAUCGACAGUGUCACUGGCCGGAUCAUCCACUCCUCGGUGCAGAGGAAGGCCAAGGGACCCGUGCAUAUUGUGCAUUCAGAAAACUGGGUGGUGUACCAGUACUGGAACACCAAGGCCCGCCGGAAUGAGUUCACGGUGCUGGAGCUGUACGAGGGGACGGAGCAGUACAACGCCACGGCCUUCAGCUCCCUUGACCGCCCAUUCCUGCCGCAAGUCCUCCAGCAGUCGUACAUCUUCCCCUCGGCAAUAAGUGCCAUGGAGGUCACCAUCACGGAGCGGGGCAUCACCAGCCGCCACCUGCUCAUUGGGCUUCCGUCUGGAGCAAUUGUUUCGCUCCCCAAGGCUCUCUUGGAUCCGCGGCGGCCAGAAAUCCCAACAGAGCAAACCAGGGAAGAAAAUUUGAUCCCCUAUUCCCCAGACGUUCAGAUCCACGCUGAGAGAUUCAUCAACUACAACCAAACCAUAUCCCGAAUGAGGGGGAUUUAUACGGCCCCCUCAGGCCUGGAGUCCACAUGCCUGGUGGUGGCGUACGGACUGGACCUCUACCAGACCCGCGUCUAUCCAUCCAAGCAGUUUGACGUCUUAAAGGAUGACUACGACUACAUCUUGAUAAGCAGCGUGCUGUUUGGACUGGUCUUUGCCACCAUGAUCACCAAGAGGCUGGCGCAGGUGAAGCUGCUGAAUCGUGCCUGGCGAUAACCAGAGGAGGGGACUUGCAUGGCCGGAGCG